AUGAGUGAUGAUGAUGAUGAUCAACUAUUGAACGCCUUAUUACAAGAUACAACUGAUUCAAACAAAUUACCAUUUGCACUCCCUUCUCAACGGAAAAAAGAAAUGCAGAAAAAACGGCCACCAAAAAUAGCAUCAAAUGAAAAUAAAGUUAAAAUUGAUGCCUUUUCAUUGGAUUCGGAUCAACUUUCACCACCUCCAACAUCAACAGCAUCUAAACCUCAAGAAGUUGUUCAAAAACAACAACCUCCGAAAUCGUUAAUUGAAUUAGAAGCGAACAUUCUUAAAUAUGCAGAAAAAUCAAUUGAAUUUCUUAAGAAUGAAUUUAUUGCAGAGUUUAAAUACCAAAUGUCGCAAACCGCAGAAGAAGAUUCGGCAAUUAAUGCUUUUGUUCUUGGAAUGCCGAACGAAAUAAAUGAAGUUGUUAAUGAAGAACUACAACAAUAUCAUAGACCAUCUUUAUCAAACGCAACUUCAAUAAAUGCAUCAAUUGACGCUCAUUUAGCUUUAGUUCGAAAAAUACUACAAGUUGCAGAGUCUAAUACACCAGUUUCUUCUUUAUCUCCAGAAAAAGUUAACGAACUUGAUCAACUUAUUACUAAAUCAAAUUAUAAUAUUGAUAGUAACUUAAAGAUGCCAUUAGGAGAGUUCAAGAUUGAAAGAUCAGAAAAAAUGAUGUCUUAUAAGAUAUAUUUUGACCAUAUUGCUUCUGCAUCCAUACCAUCUCCAAAUUUAAGAUCAAUUGAAGUUGAAUCUUUAAUACAUCAGCUUGAUGUUGAAGAGGAAUUAUUCCAGAAGAAGAAACUUAGAAUGACAAACGCACAAAACAACUAUAGACAGUUGUAUUUAGAAAAUAAUAAUUUUGCUUCUCAAAAUAAUAUGAGUGAGAUUCAAAAUACUGUUGAUAAGAUUAAUGCUUCAAUUGCAAAACAGCAAUAUCAGCCAUUUCAAGAUUCUGCUGAAUCUCUACAAAGAGUUUUGUCAAGUGAACUCCAAACCAUUAAAACAAGUAUUGAUCAUUUGAGAUCGAUAUGCAUUAUGAAGAAGAGUUCAAAGAAAAAGCAAAAACAGGUGAUACAACAAAGACAAGAACCAAAACCUAAACAAAUCACAGAAAGUGAUGAAUUCUUAUGCGAUAUCCUUGAAAGAAUACGAGCUGUUCAAAACAAGUAA